AAUUACACUUGGACAAUAUCUUAGACUGACUAUCUCUUUUACAAAGUAACUUUAUUUUGUGGCCUACCAAAAAAAAAAGUAACUUUAUUUUGUCUUAUUUAUCCCUCGUUGUCUCUUUUGAAAACAUAAAUAAAUUAGGGCAAAUAUUGUUGCCGAGGCUCUUGUCCUAGUGUAAAUUUUGGGAAUCUAGGGUUUAGUGCCGCCAUGGAAAAACGGCAGAAACUAGUCUCCGAGAAGGAUCCCCUAACCAUCUCCCGAAAUUCAAUACCAAUUGAUCUCUUUAUCUCAAUACUCUCAAGAUUGCCGGUGAAAUCCAUUGCGCGGUGUCGUUGCGUUUCGAAGCAAUGGGCUUCCAUUCUCCGCCGUCCAGAUUUCACCGACUUGUUCCUGAAAGUAUCAUCGACUCGUCCCUGUCUCUUGUUCACCUUCAAUCUCAACGGUAAGUGGCUCUUCUUCUCCGCACCUCAGCACCAGAACUCGUGUAUUCUUUUAGCUGCCGAUCGUCACAUGAGUUUCUCAACCGAAAAUGGUUCUUCUGGGAUGUUACGUCCUGUCUGCGGAUUGCUAUGUACUUUAGAAAGGAAUCCAUUUAUCUGUAACCCUAGCACAGGACAGUACAUAACUUUACCCAAGGCGACAUGGGCGGAGUCUAGGGUGGUCGAUAUCUAUUUCGGAUAUGACCUUAUCGGCAAACUAUUCAAGGUAUUGCACAUGUCCAAGGAUUAUUCUCGAGUUUUGUCAUUAGGAACGGGAGAACUAUCAUGGAGAACGAUAGAAUGUUCGAUAUCCCAUUGCUCUGCAUCUGAUGGGAUUUGCAUCAAUGGGGUUGUGUACUAUUUAGCUGCGUGCAAUGGCACUAGACUUCAUACACCUAUUAAGCUAGUUUGCUUUGAUGUUAGAUUUGAGAAGUUCAAAUUUCUUGAUGUGAACAGUAUGAUUUGGAUGUCAACUCUUGUAAACUUCAAUGGUAAAUUGGGCGCAAUUCUCCCUGAUGAGUUGUUUUUAUUCAGUGAAAGAAGUACAAGGCUUGAGAUGUGGGUUUUAGAUGAUGUCGAGAAUGGGAAAUGGUCGAAGCAUAUCUAUGAAUUUCCGUCUUCAUGGAAGAAUCUAGUUGGGGAUAAGUUUCUAUACAUUGUAGGGAUGAUUGGUACAGGUGAAAUUGUUUUCGCCCCAUACUAUAGAGAGGAAAAUUUAUAUAUUUUCUACUACAAUGUGGUGAGUAACACUGUUGUAAGAGUUGAAAUCCAAUUAGGGAUUGUUGUUCCUGAUCGUCCGAAGAUUUACACCUUUAUUGACCAUGUAGAAGAUGUGAAGCUUAUGGAAGUACUCGGGAGUUCAUAGGACUUUAUAAUGAACGGUUUUUGCCUUCUAAAGUUUGGAAUCUCUCAAAAAGUCCUUAGCGUGCACCUAUUUCGUAUAGGUAACAGUUGUUCGGUUACAAUUGUAUGACUAUUAUAUGUGUGUAUUUUGUUGAAUUUAUCUCAUUGUGGAAACUGUGACCAUGAGAACCAGUGAUU